AUGAAGUCGUCAUUCUUUCUGCUUGCGCUUGCUACGUCCGCCACUGGGUCGUCGUGGUCCGAGUGGGGCGACCAAGAUCUGUGGGUACUCACAACGCUUUGGCCCGCGCAGGCAUGCGCGACGCAAUACAACGCCAGUGCUCUGUGUGCGAGCCCCACCGACUUUAUGAAGUCCCAUCUCGUCGCGGCCUCGCUCGUGCCGAGCUACAACUCGGGGCGCGCCCAAACUGGCAUGUGUCGCUACGAGUACGGCACGUUUCUCGAGGCCAACAUCAACGCUGUCGGCCAAGGACUUUUGCGCGACUACUGGCCGCACUUUGGCGCGCCGAGCGUCGACACGAUGUGGACCGGCAGCUUUGAUAAAGGCACGCCCGAGUACGAGUACACGUGCAGCGGGAUGCACCAAGGCCCGUACCUCGAGAAGGUCGUCAACAUGACCAAAGACCUUUGCACGCCGAGCGCGAUUCGAUCGCACAUUGGGUCCAGCGUCGCGACGCCGUCUCUGCGGGACGCGUUUGGAGGCAACGCUGUCUUGCACUGCGACGGCAAGCACCUCGCACGCGUCGUCACGUGCUGGGCCAAGCACACGCCGUCAGCCACCGAGACGGACCCGACGUACGAACCCACGACGCGCAUGGCUUGUCCGUCUGCGAUCGCGAGAUCCGACUCGUGCAUCGACGCCGAGACGCUCAUUGCGCCGUUUCCGCCCGUGUACAACUAGGUGCGAGAGGGUGUACUAUUCCAC